AUGGAAGAAACCAGCGAAGAACUGCCCAAUUUUUAUAUCGACAUUAACCUUUUAGGUCUUGAUCCAACAAGCAACAAAAAUAAAACCGAAAGAAAUUCGCUGGGAACCAAAAAAGGUCACCAAUCGGUCAAUAACAACAUUGCAAGGAAAAAUUUCCGUUUUUGUUGUUGUUUUUUAAAUUUGUUCCACCUAAUAAUAAAGUAAACAGUUGUUGAUUGGGAAUUUACCAAAACCAAAACAAUCAAGGCCGCAAAAAAUCUAAAUGCGACAAACGAAACAACAAAUUAGUCACACUUUGUCUCAAAAUUAAAUCUCUUUUCUCUUAGAAUUUAGCUCGGUGCAAGGAGAAAAAAUCCAGACACAGCUGAAACGUUUGUCGCCGGGCCGACUAAUCGCACGACACGUCAGUCCGGUACUUUCUUCUUAACAGGUUCGGCAUUCGUAAUCGCUUAUUUCUAUACAAAUCAAUACUACCAAACUAUUCAAAACAUUUUCAACCCGAUAGAAAUUUUUUUUCUUUCUCGAGGGAUUUGUUUGUUAACGUCAUGAGCGUGCACAAUAGGAAUAUGAAGCACGCUCACGCAAUUGAACUUGAUUAGACAAAUUUACUAGCUAUGUUAACUAAAUGACGAACUAAUUAUCAACUGGCAGAAUAAUUCAUAACAAAUUUAUUUUAAUAACAUGCCAGAUUUUUCUAUCGCCACCAAAGUUAUAGACAGACGCACGUCAGCAAUUUUUCUGCAUUAUAGUAUUACAUUGAACACUUCAAUCCAAAUCACCUCGUAGUAAUCAUUACACAAUACGCCGCGGUUACUUUUGCGGUCCAAAAUGCGGAUUUAAAUGGAAUAAAUACCUUGCGGUUAAAAUUUUUUAGCCAAAUUUUCAAUACAAACCGUGGUGUUUUAGAGGUUUCCCAAAAAUCAUGUUGAUUUUGCAGAUAAUGAAAAAAAUUGCGCGGGCGGAGGUAACCUUUAUGGUGAUGUUCAAAGCUCCGCCCGCAUUUUCUGACGAUAAUUUCAAGUUAUUCACCGAGUAAAACUACUUUCUUUACUUUCGCGAUGUUUCUAGUUCAACGAAAGACUUAUACAAUAAAGACCUUUGCUUAAGAACUCAAGUGGCUUAUCACCUUUAUGCGCGCCAAGAAAAACUGCUGGUUCACCUUUUUUUUUCGUUUUUACCCGGUAUCCGCUGCAAAUGGAUUUCUGGAUUAGGAAAUACUCACGCGAAAACUAUUUGCGAUCAAAACAAAAAAAGUUCAAAUAGUCUUUGGGUGCAUUUUUUUAUGCGUUUGAUCACAGUCCAGAAGACCUUUUGAACGGUCAGCUGAAAUCUUCACCGUUCUUUAAUGUCAUUGAAUAAUGGAUCUCAAUAAAAGUACCAUGAAUUUUGCGUUUGGUCAUAAGAAGUUUAAUUACACAAGGCUUGAAAACAGAGGAUUUUUUUGCUUUUUUUGUUUUGAUUUUAGAUAGUUUAUUUGUUUUUCUCCUCAGCCACUUCACCGCUGAGUAAAUGUAUAGUUAUUUUCGCUUUCCAAAGUCUGAAGACUGCGUUUGAUUAAACAACAGCUAAUAAUGAACAUGUCCAAACUUCCAGAAAAAGAAGACAUCGACAUUUUAUGGUCCGAUAAAAUAAUAGAAAUAAAAAACCUAUGCAUUCAAAUUUAAAGGUAGCAUUUGAAGUCAGCCUCAGCUCUGAAAAAAACAUGAUGCUAAUUAUGCGAAUAAUACAUAUACCUGAUAUUUUUUGGGUUCAACAAGGCUGUGAAAACAAAUAUAUCUUGGUAGCUUGCAGCAGUAUCGUAUCAGAAGGAAUGUAUUAAGAAGUAAUCUAGUUCGUUAUGGUAAUUAGAGAGGAGCACAAACGCAAAUAAAUCAAUUUUAAGUUAUUUAGCGGAAGAUACAUGCGUUAUUCGCAUAUGGAAGAACACUCUGCACUUCCUAGCUUGAAUGGAAGGAUAUUCUUCUCGAAACGAUCGCUGGCGGAAAAUUUUAAGAAGAAAUGGACGAAUGCACAAUAAUGAACUUUAUCGGUGUCUACUUAGCCUCAUCUUACUCUAGAAGGGUUGGAAGAAUUUGAUAAGUUAUGAACAGAGAUAUCUCGUGACGGUCAUUCAUUAAAUUAGAUUAUUACAAGUAGUGAAAGGAAGUAUUAUGCUGAGACAAGAGAUUAUUGGCAGAGAAAAUAGGUCCACCUACCUGUCAGGUAAUAAGAAACAAAUGAGGGUAAAGUCCUAUCAGUUUAUAAAACUUGCCGCCACAUUUUCUGUUUAGUUUCUCACUUUCUUUGUGGUCGCAUAUGCGUGUUGCAUACCUCCAAAGAGUUACGCCCAAAUCGUUACAAUGAGAAGUCCUCAACGACGAAUAGGUAUGUAAUACCGGCUGUUUGGUAAACAAUUUGCAGUGCAUAUAAACUUCCGCAAACACUGUGGUCAUUUUUGUUUCCAAAUAUAGGACUUUUUGUGAAACAAGUAUGUCAUUUAAUACUAGAACUCUUCAAUUUGAAGAGGCAAACAGAUGUAACAACGUUUAUACCAUGGGGUCUGCAUGUAUAACUUAAUUUUGCAACGUGCAAGAAUUCUCGAGAGGCUUUCUAUAUAUCAUCAAUCAGUCGACAGAGAAAAUAGGUCCACCCACCUGUUUCUUUUUGGUCGCAUAUGCGUGCUGCAUACCUCCAAAGAGCUACACCCAAAUCAUGACAAUGAGACGUUCUCAACAAGGAAUAGACAUGUUAUUAUCAAGUAUCAUGAGAGUGUAUGGCUGCUUUAUCGUGGCUUUGGUAAUGCUGUGAAAUUCCAGUAUCAGUUGGUUUCCCGCAGACCUUCGUGUCUGAUCAUGUCUGGUCACAUGACGAGUGGCGUAAGCCGCCACUCAGUACUUUUACUCUAUGUAUUUGAUGAUUCAUGUAAUUUUCCAGUUUUAUUUCAAGUCCAGAAUUUAAUGUCAAAACACCAUUUACUGACUACCGUUCAAUGACUUGACAGUCGGGGACUGUUUCUGGUAAUCAUCAGUCUAAGAAAGGGAAGUCUGUCGUUGUUCUCAGGUUACAUUGUGAAGCUGAGUGAAGGGUGGAUUUCAUUCAGUGUUGACAAGAAAACAGAGGCAGAUGAAACAUCGGGCAUUUUGCUGAGGUUUUUUGGAGAUACCGCUAAUAGAAAGCAGACAUCUUGUUUUGGUUUUCCAAUUUUUCUUCAAUAUGGCACAUAAACGCAUUUGCCAUUAGUAGUCCGAGAGGAGAGCUCAUGGCAACCUUAUCCACUUGCUCGUAAAAAUUUCCGUCGAAUUGGAAAAGGUGUCUUUUUAUGUUUUUUUGUUUUUUUGUUUUUUGUGAUGUUAAGGGCAUAUUUCCUAUUUAGACAGUUGCCUUCGAACGCUUUCUCUGCUAAGAUUUUGAUGCUUGGUCGGCCUCUGUUUUCUUGUCAAUGCUGAAUGAGAUCCACCCUUCACUCAGUUUUACAAUGGAACUCGAGAACAACAGCAAACUUACCUCUCUUGGAAUGAUGAUUAACGGAAAUAGUCCCCGACCAGAAACGAAGGUCUACGCGAAAACAACUGAUACUGGACUUUUAUUGCAUCACCAAAGCCAUGUUGACGAAAAGUACAAACUGUCUCUGCUGAGGAUAAUGUUAAACCGUGUGUUUAGUCUACUCGAACUGGAUUUUUUUUCCAUCGAGAAUAUGAACGUCAAAAAAAGGCUUUUGCGUGAGCCGACACUUUCAUCAACGUGUGGAGGAACACAAGUAAUCAAAACUCGGUAAUCAUGUAAAGGACGAGUACGGAAAGGAUCCCGAGACCAUCGAAAAAAAUUUCAAGAUUUAAUCUUCUAAUGAAGAAAGAAAUGCUACGAUUUUCCCUUCGAUUUCUCGCCCAUAUGCAUCUCUCUAAACGUGGAAUUUUCCAUUCCUACAAAAAAUAUCGAAAGUUUUUCACAUUUUGUUACCUUUCUUGAUCAAUCAACUUGUAUAAAGAGCUAAAAAAUGUAGGUAUAUUUGGUCAAGUGACCGCUUAGACCAAGAAUUGCAUAACAGGUGUAGUUGAGAGAAACUUGUCACAGUGGCAGAUUUUAAAAGGCAUCCAAUACGAAAAUACGGUAGUGACCUGAGAUUUUUUUGAUGAUUUUCAGAGAUGAAAUGAUUGUUUAUAAAGGGGAAUAGAUAUUAGUGUUGUAGCUUUCUGACAAGGGGAGAUAUUUGACCUCAAAGUUGUCUAAUAUUUGGAUGAAUCGAAAAGUCUAAAAACACAGUCGUUUCUUGGCCUCUGUCGUCGAUCAAAUUGACUGAUACUUGUGGCGAACAUUAAGUAAGGAUGGAAAAAUAUGUUCGCAAACCCUCAGAGUAAUUUGUUGAAUACCAUCGCAGUGAGAGCUUCAUAUAUUUUACCUAUUUUAAAGCGAUUUCCUUGGAGAAAACCAAGAAAAACCGUACGGGUGGUGUAUCUCCCCCCGGAAAAAACCAAAACAGAAACCAGUUUGUCUUUUUGAGUUUUGGGGUAGACCCUUUAAGACUGUAAUCAUCGAGAUUCGCUGGCCAGGCUAAAAAUAUAGAAAUUCUGAAAAUUUGCCUGAAAAACGCUCUUAGGGAGAUGUAUUAAAAAAAAACAUUUAAAAGUUUGAAAAAUCAAAUGUUUCCGAGAAAAUGGGGAAAAACGAAAAUUUGGGUUUUUACCUACUUAUUCAUGCAAAAAAUACAGUAAAAUUGACCAACUUUAGUAUGUUAGUACUGAAGGAGGAUGUUUCGUGAGAAAUUGGGGGUGUUUUUACUUCAAAAUGUAAUUCAAUUUAUUUUUAUUUGUGCCACUUUUAGGAGCUUUGGUUUAAUUUUAAAAUUUACAUGAUUUUUUAAGAAAGUACUCUCAAACGCUUGUUGCAAAAAGCGGAAAAUCGAGCAACUUCAAGCCUUCAAAACGCGUCUUGAUAUGUGAGAAAUCAUGUCAAACUGCAUGCUGGCACAAAGGUUGGUCCUUAUACGAAAAUAAUAUAAAAUAACAAAUUUGCCGGCAAAAUAAAAGAGUUUGCAACGCAUUAUAACCAAGGUCAGGAAUUUGCAUUAUGCAAAUCAGUUAUAGAAAUCGUACUUGAGAGCUACGAAGAAAACAAGAUAGUUAAAGAUGGUUAAACAAUUAUUUGAUAUGGAAAUGAUAUGAAAUUAUACAAUAAAAAAUCCGUAGACAUUGCUAAAGAGGGCUGCAAAUUGAUGUGUAGAUGCGAAAUUUUCUGUUAAUUUGAAUUGCAGAAGACUCUGUUAUGGUUGACUCACUAUUUCAACAGCACCACCUUCACCUAACUAUAGAUAAGGGCCGCUGUAUAGUUCAACAUUUUUGUUGACUACGUGUUUAUUAUCGACAUUAUUCUUAGUUGAAUGGCUACUUUUUCUGCAACAGGGAUAACAUUUCGUUUGAAAUAUCUUGGAUAUCUUGAAAAAAGUCAAGUGAGUAAACAAAUUCAUGCAACACCGCAAGCUUCUGCUGUGUAGUUUUUCACCUCAAGAUAACAGCCCAACUAUUUUUUUUUAAAGCUAUAUGCUCUUAUCUUUUUUGGAAAAUGGCCACAUUUCUGUCAUAAAACUUGAUAGAAAGGACUUAUGUCACGGUAGCAAUUAUACCGUGUUGCAGUCUGGGCGAUAAUUCUCUAUGAUGCAAUCACGGUCUUUUUCUUAAAGGUAAAGAAGCGCCAGGUUUUUCACAGAGCAUAUAAUAAGGAAAACGAUGUCAUUCUGUAGUUUUGUUUCUCUUCUUGGGGGAGCUUGUGGUGCAAGUUGUGAAAAUCCAAACGUGGUUGACUUUAUCGGAUUGAAAGACUGUACUAGGGAUGUUACAGAUCACUUGAAGAGUUGAAACAUUUUGACGGAUGUUGAUAGCGUCAACAACAACGAAAGGAAAUUAUUACUUACAAAUACCCAGAUUUUUUUUUUUAUAUUACUUUAGUUUAAGGACCAAACUUUGUGCCAGCAUGUACUUUGACAUAAUGUCACACAUACAACAACAACGAAAGGAAAUUAUUACUUACAAAUACCCAGAUUUUUUUUUUUUAUAUUACUUUAGUUUAAGGACCAAACUUUGUGCCAGCAUGUACUUUGACAUGAUGUCACACAUACAACAACAACGAAAGGAAAUUAUUACUUACAAAUACCCAGAUUUUUUUUUUAUAUUACUUUAGUUUAAGGACCAAACUUUGUGCCAGCAUGUACUUUGACAUGAUGUCACACAUACCAAGACGCGUUUUGAAGGCUUGAAGCUGCUCGAUUUUUCGCUUUUUGCAACAAGCGUUUGACGGCACUUUGUUGAAAAUCAUGUGAAUUUUAAAAUUAAUACUCCUUAAAAUGCCACAAAUGAAAAUCAAAUAAAUUAUAUUUUGAAGAAAAAACUCCCACAAUUUCUUACGAAACAUCCUCCUUCCGUACUAGCACACUAAAGUUGGUCAAUUUAAUAUAUUUUUUUGCAUAAUUAAUUAGGUGAAAACCCGAAUUUUCGUUUUUCCCCAUUUUCUCGGGCACAUUUAAUUUUUCAAACACGGUCCAUUAGUCGCUACACUUCAACAUAUCAAGGUUAUGAGAUUUCGUAGAUAUGGUAGAUUUCCUUGUAAUUCUGUACCUAGUUGGUUAUUGAAAAAGUUGUCAAAGGAUCGUUCAUUCGGAAUCGUUGAUUGAAGAUCGUUGUUGGUUUGAACUAAUGAUAAAAAAAUAAAUAAAUAAAUAAAAUUAAAAAAAAAAAAAAACUAAAAAUAUUUCUGAGAGCAAGCGUGAAAGGGAAUUCUAAAUCGAGAUUUGUAACAUUUAACCCGGCUAAAUGAUCCACUAUUGUAUGAAAAAUAUUUAGUGAUCUUGUUUUGGUCUCCUAAUGCUUGCUUGUUCCAGUAAUACAGCAAAAUAGAGAUAGCGUAGGUUCUCAGUGUCAAAGGUCUAAGUAUUUCACUAAAGCAUGGUCUGUAAUCUCCUAUUUGCACAUUCAAAUCACUCAAGCCUUUGACUGAUUUGGUGCAUGAGCUUGUGAGAAUAGGUGUCAUCGAAUUAAUGUUGAAGCCUCUAUUAUAAUUAACCAAUUUAUGUUUGCAGUAUAGGCGAACACAAAGGGGUAAUGCACUUAUGCUGUCUCUCAAGUUGAUCUGGAUUUUGAAAUUCCUUAACAGUAUGCGAGAAUGCAAAAUACGCACUAAAUGGCAUUUUCGUCUUUGCUACUGAACUUGAUGUGAAAAAAAUUGGCCUUUUUUUUUUCGGCGGGGAUGUAGGUAAUGAAGCACCAAGGUUUGACUUCAAGAGACAUCUUUACCUAGUAUGUCAGGUCAUGUAAUAGUACUUCAAUUAAAUUUCUUCUUAUUUACGUGCGUAUGUGCCUAUGAUUCACAAAAGAUAGGGCUGAGAAUUCCCUUCAGACCUAAUUAAAAGUUCUGAUAAAGUGGGUAAACAAAACGUACAAGCCAAGGUAGUCUAUUGAUUUCGAAAAUUUAUCCUUCGAAAUUCGUUUCUUUGAUGCUGAAAGUUACCAGACGACAUAUCUACACUGUACUUGAUAGCCUUGAUCCUUAAGUAAAGCCGCAACGUUGCCAUGUCUGUUGUCUUUACCAGGUGGGGUAUUUCAUUUUCUUCUAAGACUCAUUAUAAUUUAGUUCUAACAAAGCGUUUUUUUCUACAAAAUGACCUUUCGGACGACCUAAAAAAAAAUUCUAGGGGAGCAUGCUACCUGUUUACCACUCCAAGAACUUCAUUUCUUCAGCGGAUAUCAAUCCGACCACCCUUACUAAUCCUGGAUCUACCCUGAGCAGUAAAUUUACGCCAUAUAAUAAAAUUUAUUUCCUUUAGGUUCUGAUCUGCUUUUCCUGGCACUUUUUGUGACUUAUCAAAUUCUACCAUCAACGCGAGCACUCCCAAUAGAUUGCCAAAAGAACACUGCAGUCUGUUUGGAAGAAAUAAUGAAGGAAGUCACCCAAGUUCGAUUUGAGGUUAAAAUUCUCACGGAGAACAAAACAUUGUCGAAACGUAAGCACGAUUCCUCUUCGUUCAUAUGUGUUAAUACCUUGAUUAACAUUUAUUCAUUUCAAUUUUUAUUGUAAUUUUUCAUGAGUAUAUCAACUGUUAUUACGUUGUAUUUCAUCAACAGCUAAGAACUGUGUUGAGCUCUACCAUUCCGGUCAAAGGAUCAGCGGCAUUUACACGAUCGACCCAGAUGACUCAGGCGCUUUUAAUGUGUAUUGUGACCAAACUACUUCUGGUGGGGGAUGGACAGUCUUCCAGAAGAGAAUGGAUGGCUCUGUUGAUUUUAAUCGCACCUGGAAUGACUACAAACAUGGCUUCGGUAACUUGGUCGGUGAAUUUUGGCUCGGACUGGACAAGAUAAACCGUCUGACACAAAACAUAACAAAGAACAUGCUUCGAAUAGAUCUGGGGUAACUACGCGCCAAACUGUUCAAGCUGAGUAUGAAUGGUUUGGGAUUGGAAAAGGGACGGCUGACUACCGGUUGUACAUUGGCAGUAUUACAG